AACUCAAAAUUUGAAGACACCUCACGGUAUCGAGCUCUCAACAACUCUUGGAACAGCUUGCUAAAAAAUAUUCCGUAUCUCUCGCGCAAGUUUGUGGUUAGUGAAGGCUUUAUUUCGCUCGAAGAGCUCAGAAAACAGCGUCAGGAGAUGCAUGGCGUAUUGCAAACAGGUCCUAGAGCCGAAGCCGCACCUCCCGAGAAAUUCCUACAAAACGAGGCAUAUUUGAACAACUGCUAUAACGAAACUUUCAAACCGCAUAAAACCACCCUCCGUGGUCACUUAGUCAAGAUUAUAGCAUGCUUGCAAUUCGAGUACGCUAUGUAAUCACUAGUGCCACGACAAACUAAUGAGAGUUUACGAUGCCAAGAACGAGCAUUUCAUUAUACAACUCAGUGCGCACGACGGAGCUGUGUGGGCACUCAAGUAUUGUCAGGAUGGAAUCCUGGUCAGUGGGUCCAACGGUCGCAGUGUCCAAGUUUGGAACAUCAAAAAUGGCAAUGCACACAUGUUUUCAAUGGCCAUACUUCUACAGUGAGGUGUCUGAAUAUUGUCGAACAUCACGGCGAAAUAUUCAUAAUAACAGGUUCGAGAUACCACACGCUCCACGUGUGGAAACUGCCGAAUUGUCAUGCUCCUAACUACAACCCCGAGGUAUGUGAAGUUUUCAGCACCACCUGCUCGAAUCCUUAUUUCGUGGGAAUUUUACGCGGCCACACGGCAAUCGUACGUACCGUUUCAGGCCAUGAAAAUAUCGUGAUUAGUGGAUCCGACGAUUACAACCUCAUGGUAUGGAACAUUGCUCAAAUGAAGUGCCUGUACGUUCUGACUGGACAUACGGAUCGUAUUAACUCCGCGAUAUACGACUACGAGAGGUACCGGUGCAUAUAUCGGCUGGAAUGGACACCACCGUCAAAGUCUGGAACCUGGAAGAUAUUGAGAAAAACGAGCAUUGCAGUACCUUAAGCUCCUCGAACAGUACUUGCAUUAAGGUGACAGGUUCCAUGCUUACGUUGCAGGGGCAUACCGCGCUUGUUGAUCUCCUAGAUUUUUCUGACAAGUAUCUAAUGAGCGCUGGAGCUGACGGAGUGCUACGCGGCUGGGAUUCAAAUACGUAUUCCCGCCAGUUUGAAUACCAAUCGGAGGAUCUGAAUACGAUCACAACUUCUACGCAAACGACGAUUUACUUGUGAUCGGAUCCGAGGUCCGAUUUGACGUCUACAAUAUUUGA